CAUCAACCACCCAACUACCACCUUUCAAUGUCUGCGACUAUUCCCUUCAGCAUGGACCUUCUGCUCGAGAAUUCUUGUCUCCAUCAUGCCGGAAAGAUGAGAAUUUGAGAUCAACCAGAAUCUGUGCAACAAGAUGACAUUUUCAGAGGUAGAUCUCGGCACAGAUUUUACAUAAAAUCUGUGUGCUCCCGAAAUGUAUCUCUGGCAUGGGAUUUAGAUUCCCCCAAAAUUCGUUGAUCUCCAAACGAUGCUCCCAAAACGUAACAAUUGUGCUCAAAUUCAAGUUUUGUCGAAAAUGUUCAUCUUCCUGGUGUGCAUCCCAGUUCAUCGGGAGCAAAUGUUUCUACGAAUGGAUGAUGGCCGCAAAUAUUUCCUUCACUAAGACCGCCUUUGCGUGGGAAGCGCAUAUAUCAAGCUUUGUAUUGGAUGUAUACAACCAAGUUACCGACACGCCAUUGCCUAGCUUGCCAGAGCACACAUCAAACACCCCAUCUUACGCUGGCGCUUUCUUUCACAAGGUCUUCUGGACGAAAGCAUGGUUCAACAGCCUCAUCCUUGAAGGUAUGGAUGUUGACUAUGUAGAGGCAAAGUGGCUUGUCCUGGACAAUGCAACUUUCGCGACGACCCCCGACCGGAAGAGCCUUCAGCCGAGUCGGAACCGGAGAACAUUUGCGCGCUAUGGGAGGAGAACGGCCACAGUGUAUCAGUCGGUUCUUGCCCUCGCGGUAGAAAUGGAGGAACUCAAACAAGAACCAGCUCGUCAUCGAUCUAUCAACAGCUCAGGCUCUGCUUUAUAUUCUCGACAUUCAAGCAGCCGUGUUCGGUAUUACGGUCUCGUCCGGAGCUGUCACGCAAAGCAAAAGUUCUCGCAACGUUUGGAGCACCUUCAGUUAUGGAGACUAGCGGACCAUCCACCAACUUCUCUCAUCCCGAGUAAACGACAUCUUGACGCAGUCCGAGAUGUCAAGCACAAAUUCAGAGACGGAGAGCGCGUAGGGCACAUACCAAUACGUAUCUUCACUGAGCUUGAUGAUGGGGAUACCAGUGAUUUUCUCGGUAACGACGGUCUUUCCUCGAAUCAGAACGGCGAGCCACCCUUGGAUUCCGGGCAAGAUGCCAAUACCUGUGCUGUGUCAAGCAAGCAUCUCAAAAUUCAUGAUGCUGUCGAAAAGACGUUUGAUAGAGCGGAAUGGAUGUCGAAGACUUUGGUGCAGGAGACCGAGGAAGACGCCGCAUGA